UCAAACGUCUCAUACACUUCGAAGAGGAAAAAUGAUUCACAUUUUCAUGAUAAACAAUAACGAAAUUUAAGUCAACAAUACAAACGAUCGAGAUGAUUUCACACAAUGACAAGUGUCAAAAAGUUUAGAACAAGGACUUCAAAACGUUUUUGUGCAGAGAAAUUGUGUUGCAGAUCAGAAUCAACUGUUGCUACUUUUCAUUGUGAUGACUGUGGCUCAGACCAGUGUGAAGACUGUUGUGAAACAAUACAUUCAACCAAUGUCAGUUUUGAAUUACAUGAUAAAAAUGUGAUUAAAGGUCCUCAUCAUUCAGAACUAUGUCAAAUUUCUAAAAUACUACCAUCUAAAAUAUGUAUAGAUGAAAAUUUUGCUGAUUUAUGGUGCGAAGUGUGUUGCAUAAACUUCUGCAAUUAUUGUUUUGAGGUUUUUCACAAGCUGUCAUCUCGAAAAACACAUAGAAAAAUAUCAUUUAAAGAGCAUAAACUUCGGGAACAACAGAAGGCAGAAGAAACACUACACAUGAACAUCCAGUCAGUGCCCCUGCCUAUGAACAUUCAGCCUUUGGCAUUGUCCCCAGUCUCAGAUGAUGAUUCAUUGACCUACAUUUCUUUUCCCCAAGAAGAGUCAAACAUAGCAAUGAUUAACACAACACAGGUGCAGUCUGUUAAUAUUAUACCAGAUCUAUGCGUCAAUACAAAUGAUGACGAUAUCAUUAAUACUUUGGCGGAGAGCAUGAUUGAAAGUGAAUAUGAUGAAAUAGCAAGCUUCAUGUUGCUUGAUGAUCAAGAACAGUUGAAGGUAUCCAAUGAAGAAGACUUUUUGAGCAAGCUUGAAUGUGACAGUAAUGAUUUAGUAAAAGUUGUAUCAAUAUUUGGAAACACAGGUGAUGGAAAGUCAUUUACCCUUAAUCAUACAUUCUUUGGAGGGAAGGAGGUGUUUGAGACAUCUGCUCAACAGAAAUCAUGCACUAUUGGUGUGUGGGCAGCAUACGACUCAAAGAGUAAAACAAUCGUCAUAGAUACAGAAGGAAUGUUAGGAUUGACAUCCAAUCAGAAUCAACGAUCUAGACUUUUACUCAAAGUUUUGGCAGUAUCAGAUAUUAUUAUAUAUCGUACACGAGCAGAAAGACUUCAUACAGACAUGUUUCAGUUUCUUUGUGAUGCUUCAGCGACAUAUUAUAAAUACUUCUCUACCGAACUCCAGGAAAUGGCUAAAAGAAUUGGCAAGACUCUGGCUGACUUGACACCAGCAGUUAUUGUCUUUCAUGAAACUGUCAACACACAAAUUUUAUCAGGAAAACAUUCCGCAGACAGUCAGCUUUGGGAUCGAUUUAGUCAGCUGGAUUGUAAAUUUCAUUUCAAAGAUUUACAUUAUGUUGGUGUUCAGACAAAAAGACCACCAACUGACUUCACACCGUUGAAGACAGUCUUAGAAACUUUGCUGGGAGAUAAAACAAACAGAGCUUCUAAACAACCAAAUGUUAUCUACUGUACACUUAAGAAUUUAAAUGAUAGAUUUAGUGGUCACUUAGACAGACCUGAGAUAGGAACUUUUCCUGAUCAGAUAUUUUCCUGUCCUGUAAGGUGCUUGUCUUGCCAAGAGAGCUGUAUUAAAUGUAUGAACCAUUGUGCUGAGAGUGAUGGCCAUGAAACAGAAAAGAGAUGUACAUACCAACACCAGUAUCAGAACAAAGUCUUUUUAUGCAAGACCUGUUUAUUGGCUGGUAAACAUAAUGUUGUAGUACCUAAGACAUCAGAAUCAACAGAUAAUGUCUGGAUGGGACUGGCUAAAUAUGUAUGGACGGGAGAAGUUUUAGAGUGCCCCAAGUGUGGAGUUAUCUACAGGAGUAGAGAACGUUGGUAUGGUAACAAGAAUAUGGAGGACAUUGUUUCUGUAGAAGUCAGACAUGUCUGGCCUGAUGGUUACAAAAAUCUACAGGGAACCAGUAAUGCUGCCAGAAAAGUUAUUGAUAGCAUGCAAUACAUUGCUGAUUCAGUUACCAGUGUCAGUCAGAAACCAACUAAAAUGAUUUCUGAUUGGAUGACAGACCAGAUAGCUCCUGACUACUGGGUUCCUAAUUCACAGAUAACAAAUUGUAAAAAAUGUCAGAAGGAACUUGAUAAUGAACAGAAGCAUCACUGCCGUGCAUGUGGUGAAGGAUUUUGUGAUGACUGCUCAUCAAAGAAACGACUAAUACCAGAGAGAGGCUGGAAUUUCCUUGUUCGUGUAUGUGAUGAUUGUUACAGUUUAGAAAACUCAACAGAAAUCCCUGGUGGAAGGGAGCCACAAGUUACUGCCAGAAAAGUUGGUGAGGUGCUGUCAUCUGCUAUCAGUGUUGUUGGUUCUACUGUAAUCUAUCCAGUAGGUAUGUUAAAGGAUUCAGCUAGACCAACCUACUGGACUCCAGAUGAACAUAUUACUAAAUGCUGUGUUUGUGAAACACCAUUUGGACCUAAAUUGAAAAUACACCAUUGUCGAGCUUGUGGAGAGGGUGUGUGCCAUGAUUGCUCACCAGACAAACGUCCUGUUCCUCUCAGAGGAUGGGAUUAUCCUGUCAGAGUGUGUCAGAAAUGCUUUCAGAAGAAAGAUAAAGUGUAACCAUGUGAUAACUUGAUGGCCAUCUGACAACUUUUUGGCCAUGUGACAUCUUAACAUUCAUGUGACAUCUUCACAGCCAGAUGACUUCAUCAUUCCUUAUGGAAUGUGUGUCUUUAGUGAGACCAUCUUUGUAAAUAGGCCAGUUUCGGGAAAUGAUUAUGUUAUUGAAAGGCAUUUAAUGUUGUACAGGCUAUUAUAUAUAUUAGAUUUUCUGUACUAUAUUUAAGUAAAUUCUAUUAAAUUGAAAGCCUUAAGUACAUAUGAUUCAUUUUUAUAAGUCAGGUGAAGGUUAUCACAGAUUAAAUUGAAUUAUUCAGUUCAUUGUUUCAAGAAUUGGGUUUUGGUGAAAAUUACUGUGCUUCUAGAUUCAAUCAAAUAUAGAAAGUAGUUUUAAAGAAUUAGAUAUGUUUGAAUUGCUAAAACCAGUUUCCAGGCUUCCAUUGCAAUAUGUUGGUUAAAAGUAAUUGUUUGUUAGAUAUUUUUGUAUGAUUGCUGUCUGAUUAAAAUACAGAAUCUGUGUCGAAAGGUUGAUUAUGUAAUCUGAUGAUAACUCGCCAUUCUCUAGUUUAGCUGAAUAACGCGCGUAGCAGGAUAUUUAACAAUGUGCACCACCUUUUUUUUGUUAUUUCUAAUAGACAGAAAAAAUAUUGCAGUCAUUUCUUAUAAUUUAAUUCUAAAUUCCAUUUUAAACUGUAGAAAAAGAUU